CAGGUGAGCGUGAGGAUGCCGGCGGGGUGCACGGGCGCGCCCAGCCCCCUCCUGUCCUGCUGGCAGCCCAUCCUGCUGCUGGUGCUGGGCUCGGUGCUGUCGGGCUCGGCCACGGGCUGCCCGCCGCGCUGCGAGUGCUCGGCCCAGGAGCGCGCCGUGCUGUGCCACCGCAAGCGCUUCGUGGCCGUGCCCGAAGGCAUCCCCACCGAGACGCGGCUGCUGGACCUGAGCAAGAACCGCAUCAAGACCCUGAACCAGGAUGAGUUCGCCGGCUUCCCGCACCUGGAGGAGCUGGAGCUCAACGAGAACAUCGUGAGCGCCGUGGAGCCCGGCGCCUUCAACAACCUCUUCAACCUGCGGACGCUGGGGCUGCGCAGCAACCGCCUGAAGCUCAUCCCGCUGGGCGUCUUCACGGGGCUCAGCAACCUGACGCGGCUGGACAUCAGCGAGAACAAGAUCGUCAUCCUGCUGGACUACAUGUUCCAGGACCUGUACAACCUCCGCUCCCUGGAGGUCGGGGACAACGACCUGGUCUACAUCUCCCACCGCGCCUUCAGCGGCCUCAACAGCCUGGAGAAGCUCACGCUGGAGAAAUGCAACCUCACGUCCAUCCCCACCGAGGCCCUGUCCCACCUGCACGGCCUCAUCGUCCUCCGCCUCCGCCAUCUCAACAUCAACGCCAUCCGCGAUUACUCCUUUAAGCGGCUCUACCGCCUCAAGGUCCUGGAGAUCUCGCACUGGCCCUACCUGGACACCAUGACCCCCAACUGCCUGUACGGCCUGAACCUCACGUCCCUGGCCAUCACCCACUGCAACCUCACCGCCGUCCCCUACCUGGCGGUGCGCCAUCUGGUCUACCUGCGCUUCCUGAACCUCUCCUACAACCCCAUCGGCGCCAUCGAGGGCUCCAUGCUGCACGAGCUGCUGCGGCUGCAGGAGAUCCAGCUGGUGGGCGGCCAGCUGGCCGUGGUGGAGCCCUACGCCUUCCGUGGCCUCAACCACCUGCGCGUGCUCAACGUGUCCGGCAACCAGCUGACCACGCUGGAGGAGUCGGCCUUCCACUCGGUGGGCAACCUGGAGACCCUCAUCCUCGACGCCAACCCGCUGGCCUGCGACUGCCGGCUGCUGUGGGUCUUCCGACGGCGCUGGAGACUCAACUUCAACCGGCAGCAGCCCACGUGCGCCACGCCCGAGUUCGUGCAGGGCAAGGAGUUCAAGGACUUCCCCGACGUGCUGCUGCCCAACUACUUCACCUGCCGCCGCGCCCGCAUCCGGGACCGCAAGGCCCAGCAGGUGUUCGUGGACGAGGGCCACACCGUGCAGUUCGUGUGCCGCGCCGACGGCGACCCGCCGCCCGCCAUCCUGUGGAUGUCGCCCCGCAAGCACCUGGUGUCGGCCAAGAGCAACGGGCGGCUCACGGUCUUCCCCGACGGGACGCUGGAGGUGCGCUACGCGCAGGUGCAGGACAACGGCACGUACGUGUGCAUCGCGGCCAACGCGGGCGGCAACGACUCGAUGCCCGCGCACCUGCACGUGCGCAGCUACGCGCCCGACUGGCCGCACCAGGCCAACAAGACGUUCGCCUUCAUCUCCAACCAGCCCGGCGACGGCGACGCCAACAGCACCCGUGCCAGCGUGCCUUUCCCCUUCGACAUCAAGACCCUCAUCAUCGCCACCACCAUGGGCUUCAUCUCCUUCCUGGGCGUCGUCCUCUUCUGCCUGGUGCUGCUCUUCCUCUGGAGCCGGGGCAAGGGGAACACGAAGCACAACAUCGAGAUCGAGUACGUGCCCCGCAAGUCCGACGCGGGCAUCACCUCGGCCGACGCGCCCCGCAAGUUCAACAUGAAGAUGAUCUGAGG